AGUAUUUUGCAAUGUGUGUAUCAUUCUUAGAUCAGGGAAAUAUUAACCCCCAAUUAAAUCUCAUCAUAGGCAUUCCAAUCCGAACAACCCUGGACAACUCCACAACAGUUCAAUAUGCAGGUCUUCUCCAUCAGCUGACCAUGAAGGCCAAGAGCACCGUCCGUGACAUCGAUCCUCAGAAUGACCUGACCUUCCUUCGGAUAAGAUCAAAGAAGCACGAGAUCAUGGUAGCCCCAGAUAAAGAGUAUCUUCUAAUUGUCAUCCAGAACCCAUGUGAGUAGACCUGCGCUGGCCAACUC